UUAGGUUUUAAUUUAUUUUUAAUGUAUUUAGAUAUUUUUGUACGUGUCGCUAGGUCCGUGAGUCAACUAGCAAGGUCGCCAGGCGGCGGCCAACGCACGCACUUGGCGGAUGAACAGGAUCCGCAGGAUUCGCAGGAUGUGCGAGAGGCUGCCACAUAAAUUACACUUUAAUUUUGGAGCAUUUUUGGCCACGGCUUAUAAAUCAACCGAGUUCCAGCAAACGCGCCGACGACGACAGCUGCUUGGUUCUCCGCCGGAUUCUCUCCGGCUUCGGGUGGCUCCGGGUGGCUCCUGGUGGCUCCUGCUCCUGCGGGCUCUUCCUCAUGGUGCUUGUUCCCCCCGCCCUCCCCGCGAUCCCUUCACAGCUGAGGGCCAGGCCAGGCCACUCGCAAUAUUGAAAUUUCAAUUUAAUUACAUAGAACGAGGGCCCGACCUCAGGCCCAUGAGCCCGCAAAAUGAGCUGUCGCUGUGGUUCAAAAAGAGUCAGCCGCACCACCCAAAUACACCACCGUAAAAAACUGGGUGGUGCAGGGUGGUGCAGGGUGGUGGCCUGUUAGAUCUGCUCACUUGAACUGAACUGCUCGGCGGUUUGGCUUAAUUUGUUGAGAUAAUUGUGCCGAAAUUAUAUUAUUAUUAAAUUCGCAUCCGUUAGUCCUCCUUUUUUUUCAUGCUUAUUAUGAAAAUUGGAUUUCAAGUGCUGUGUGUGCGUGUAUUUUGGGUGUGUGGGUGAAUUUCGACCUUAGUCGGGGUUUUCUUUCCGUUACGUAAUUGGAUUUUGUGUGAGAUUUGCCAGAGAAAAAAGCAAGCAAAGGAAACGGAAAAGGCCAAAUGUUAUUAGCUGGGGGUCAGAGGAAUCAGUUCCUGAAAUUUUGAUGGCCAGGCGAAGGGCAGGAGGCGGAAGAUGUACUCGCACUUUAUUCUAAGUCUGCAGACCCAUUGCAAUCCUAUUUGCGACUCAAGUUGCGCAAAGCCAUAGAAUAACUCAAAAGUUCCUCAGCAGCACUUCAGCUGUCCCUCUUUGGGCCAUUUAUAAAUUUCGCACGCUCGGCGAAUCGCGGAUUUGAUGCUAAAAUGGGCGUGGCAGCCGCAACAACACAAUGC